GAACUUUCUUAAGACUUUCGCGGUUUUUGAAAAAUCGUUGCUUUAUAUGCAAUAAUAAAAUUUAUUGAAUUAUCAUUAUCAAGUCACUUGAGCAAAAAUUGUCAUGAUCUUUACUUAUGGCACACAUGCCUAUGCAGUAAUGACGUUAUAUAGAUUAACCUAUAUAUUCGGGAAUUAGAUUUUUUGACGUCACGACGAAAAAGUGAAUAUUUUAAGAAUGGAUGAUCGUUACUUGAUAGAAGGUAAUGGCCCAGGGCUAUCAACGUCAAAGAAUGAACAGUCGGAAUCCGGGGAUUUUCCGGUGACAGAUUUAUUAUCUGAGUUCAGAAAAUUAUAUGAAGAGAAGUUGAGACGCUUAGAUGACGUGGAGAAACUGGGCGAGGACACGACCAAGGCGAGACUUAACAUUCUGCAAUCCUAUGUGACUGACCUGAGUACACAGAAUGACUUCCUUCUACACACUGUCCACGACGUGCAGAAAGAAUCUCAGAUCAACAAGGAGUCUAGAGAUCUUAAGGAUCUGGAGAGAGAGCUGGAGAUCGAGUCCCUGUACAAGGAGCUGGAGAAGUACCGACAGGAGUACUCCAAGUCCAUGCGGGAAAUCAACACGUACACCAACGACAUGGGCGUCUUCUCCGAGGAGCUCAAGAUGGCGCACGACGAGCUGUCGGCGUCGCGGGCUCUCAUCCUCGAGAGGGAGGAACAGAUUCACAGCCUCAAGGAGCAGCUCCAGGCCUCACAGCUAGAAAUUGAGAAUCUCAUGAGCACGAAUGACGAGACGCAGUCCGACUUGGCGCAGGCGCAGAACAGACACGCCCGGGAAAUGAACAGUCUGCAGCAGGACAUGGAGCUGCUCCGAGAAGACCUUGACCUUGCCAAGAAAGCUCAGCGAGAAGUCAUGGAAUACAAGGACAGGAUCGAAACUCUCAAUGAUGAACUGGAGCGACUUCAGCGAAGGCGUGGUGACCCUACCAUAGAUAGUGAAACUCCUACAAUGACUGUCGGACUGAUGGAGACUGAAUUGGCACUAAUGAAACACGAAUCCGUCCAGGAAGUGAACCGACUGCAGAAGGAAAUGGAGCUGCUUCAGGACGACCUUGACAUCACCAAGAAUUGUCUGAGUGAGGCCCGAAGGCAGGUCACAGAGUACAGAAACACAAUCAGUAAACUCAGGGGUGAUCUUCACCAUAGUAAUCACGACUUGAGUGAGUCUCGGAGUCAGGUCACUGAAUACAAGAACACAGUCAAUGAUCUCAGUGAUAAACUGGAACAAAUUUGCAAAAGACCUAGUGAGACUUCUAUUGAGAUAGAACAGAUGAAGGAUGGACACGUCCAGGAAGUGAAUCGACUGCAGCAGGACAUAGAACUACUUCAAAAAGACCUCGACCAAACCAAGAAAGAUCUAAGUGAGUCUCAGAACCAAGUCACAGAAUGCAAGAAAACAAUCAACGUUCUCACUGAUGAACUGGAUGAAAUUCACAGACUGCUCGAUGAGGCUCGUAAAGCGAAGAAGGACAAAGACAAGAAAUUGGAGUCCAUGCAGGAACACUUGGACGAGCAGGAGUGCGAGUGUGUCAAGUUGCGACACGAGAUUCAGAACAGCAAGAACAUGAUCGACUGGUUAACGGAGGAGGCCAACGCAGUCCAGGACCAGCUCAGUCUGUUACAGACACGUGAGAAAGGGUACAACGAAACUGUGACGAACCUCAAGAAUCAGCUCGAGUUUUCAAAGCAACAGGAGAUGGAGUCCGAACAGAAGGUUGAUACCCUGCAGAAAGAGCUGGACAACAUGGCACAAGAGUUCGCGGAGUCCAAGAGCGAAAUUCAGAACUGUGAAAGCGAGAUUAAGCAGCUUACUGCGGACCUGCACACGGCCCAGGAGGAACUAUGUCUGUCACAGAACCGCGUCAAGGAGUGCGAGGAGAACAUACACAUCCUUACACAGAAGCUUAUGAAGUCUGAACAGCGUGAGAUGGAAACGGAACAGAUAGUCGAGUCUCUGCAGAAAGAGCUGGACAGUAUGGAUCGAGAGUAUGCGGAGUCCAGGAAAGAAAUCCAGAACCAAGAGAGCAAGAUUAAGCAGCUUACUGAGGACCUGAACACAGCCCAGGAGGAACUAUCUCUGUCACAGAACCGUGUCAAGGAGUGUGAGGAAGAGAUAUGCAGCCUUAAAGAGAAAAUCCUCAAAUCGGAACAAUGUGUGAAAGAAACAGAGGAUCAGGUCAAGUCAUUACAAGGAGAUCUAGACACCCUUCAAGACGCCCAUGCAGAGUCCACACAGGAGAUUGAGAAACUGACGCAGGAGCUGGACGCAGCUCGGAAGGAACUGUCGCUGCUAAACAAAGAGGUGGAACAAAAGGAUGAGACAAUUGACUGUCUGCAGAAAGAGUUGAACAGUGUGGACAAAGACGCCACACAUGAAGAGCUCGAGUCAUCUCAGAGACAGCUGUUGUUGUACGAGGAAAAAAUGAAAACACUUCACCAAGAAAUUCAACGGAUGGAUCAGCUGAACAGUGCCGCAAAAGAUGAGUUUCGGCACUUUGAAGAUCUGUAUAACACCGUACAGUCUGAUUUUGUCACCAGUCAGACGAAGUUGAAGAAGUCCCUGAAAGAACUCUCUAAAAAGGAGGGAGAAAUAGUUGUCUUGAACGGGGAGCUGGAAAGAAUUCAGACAAUGUACAAGUCCACUCUAGAGGAGUCUAACAAAUCGUGGACUAAUCUAGAACAACUGUACCAAAGUGCUAAGAAAGACGUCCUAGACUUAAGACUGGCUCUGGUCGAAUCACAAGCUGAGGGGAGUCGACUUCACCACGAGAGUGAGCUGGUCAUAGAGAACGUGACGUCAUGGGCCAAACAGCGAAAAGAAAAAAAUAAAGAUAAAGCAGAGUCGUUGAUGGAUCAGAUUCAAAAGCUUCAGAAGCUGAACAACAAACUGAUGAUUGAGGUGGAGGAGAAGAAAUCCGACUCGGAGAAACUCAAAGCUCUCCAGGUUCUCUCCAACCAGCAGCAGAUUCUCCUCGGCAAACUCAAGUCCAAGCUCGACGAAUACGAAAUUGAACGCGGUAAAGACCUGAUAACAACAUUUACCUCAACAGAAGAUCUCCACGGUCAAAUGACGUCAAUUACGGACAAUAUUCCGGCUUUCAACCCGAAGGUCGAUCAAGCUGCUGGUGAGAUGGGCGAAUCGGGAAUGAGUGAGCCGCAUUCCUUUGGGAAGCGCUUCUGGAUUCAGCGAAUGGGUGAAGUGAAUACUUUGUUUGAAAAUCCAGCUUCAGAACAACAAUAGAUAUUGGGUCGGACGAGUUGACACGUCAGACAGUCUGGGCAUGAAGAUCCGAUGCCGUUUGGUUUCUGACGUCACAUGUUGAUGACCCCAGUCUAGUUUCAUAUGUGGACAUCAUGUUAUAUUCAUUCUAUUCAAUUAUAUUCUUUUAAUUCAAGCAUUUAUCAAAUUAAGGUUUAGGCACUCUGUCCUGGGCACACCGGGGCUAUCUGGACUGUCCGUCCAGGACAGGGGUUCAUAGUUAGUUGUUAGUGGUUGGCGAGGGACGAAUGCAAGGUUCGAAAUUCAGUCAGUGGAAUGGGAAGCAAUCUUUGCCUGGCCAUUUUAGUCUCCAGGGCCCCGUUUUACGAAGCGAUCUCAGGGUUAACGUAAUAUCAGAGUAUAAGGUAGCUAAGAUCACCUAAGAGCAUAAGGUAGUUAUACACAUAAGGGGAUCUAAAACGGGCCCAGGGAAGCAAAUGUUAGAAGCCGGCAAGCAGUUCUAGACCAUUUGAACUGAUAUAAACUUUAAUCUCAUUUUAUAUU